GUGUUAAAUUGUUAAUAGAGAGAAUUUACACCAUUUGUGACAUGUAUAUCUUUUAACAAAUGGAAAAUUAAAAUCGCUGCAGGUAAACAAACACCAUACACUGCCACAUCUCUCUCUCUCCUCAAGCCGAAAUGCCUGAUUUUCGACUCUCUCACCCCUCAGUUGCUCUCCCUCUCUUUCUGGCUCCAUCGUAGUCGGUUCUCUCUCAAGCCGAAACUCUCUUUCUCACCUCUCAGGCUGAUCGUGCGGUGGCUGUGGCGGUGCUACUGGUGAAAAUGGUGUUUCCUCUGGUUUUGCAGAAAUUGGAAGAUUCAGCAUGCGAUACCUCAUGCGACUCCCAAAGAUCUGCCAUUGGAAAAGCCCCUCGAGCAUAACUUAACACUUUUGCUUCUCCAUCAGAAACCCGACGACAACAAAAAAAAAAUAAAGAGAGAGAAAUAAAUCAAUCAAAAAAAAUAAAAGAGGAAGCAGUGGGAAGAAUAGAGCAAAAACAGAGAGCUAUCUGCCUGUUUGUUGUGAUUUUCGUUUGAUAAGUGUGUUACUUUUCAUUGAUGACAGUAAUACUGGCUCAGGUUUAAUAUGAGAGAGAGACUGACGGAAAGAGAGAGGAAAGCCUGGGGAAGAAAGGGAACGAGAGAGAAAAGGCUUCAAGAGAAAGAGAGACUGAAAGGUUGAGAAAUUAUUUCCUCUGAUUGGUUCUACUGUAAAUAACAUAGAUUUCUAGUUAUGAGUCCGAUUUUUAUUGGACAGUGUAAAAUAGAACUACACACCCAUCCGAUUUGAAAUGUUUCUCAAAUGAUAAAAGAUACGGCGAUAGGCAGCGAAGUCCAACCUCCGAAGAACUCUGAUCGUCCCGAUUUCACCGCGAAGCCUAAUUAUCGAAUGAUUUCUUUUUUAUAGCUCACAUAGCAUUCAACCGAGCCUUCCCUUUUCCUUUGUAUUUCCCUCUCUCUGCCCCUUCACUGCGCCGCGCUUCCGCCGCCAUCAAACUUCUUUGGAAACCAUCACUUCAUGGAUUUAAGCUCUGCAAUACACAAUGCCGAAAGGCCAAAGCUCAGCAUAGUUGAUAAAAUCGAUGAGGAUGAACGUAGCAUCACUGAUCUAGGAGAUGCACUUCUCGGGCUCAUCCUAUCUUAUCUUCCCACAAAAGAUGCUGUGAAAACUAGCGUGUUAGCAAAGAUAUGGCAACACCAGUGGAUGUCCAUCUCAAAUCUUGAAUUCAGAGAAGAGGCACAGGAUGAUAGGGCACUCUUUGUGAAUUUUGUGGAGAGGGUUCUUUUGCUUCGUGAGUCCUCUGCCAUAACAAAAUUCUUUCUGGAGUGUGGUGUUCGAUAUGAUUCGUCUCGCAUUAGUAGUUGGGUAUCCACUGCAGUGAAGCAUAAGGUUCAAGAGUUAGAUCUUCGUUUUUGGGAAAUUAGAGAGCCACUCGUGCUGCCUUGUUGCGUAUUUACUUGUAAAUCACUACUGCAGUUAAAAAUUGGACAGCUGAAUGAGAUAUACGAUCUCAGGGUUCCUUCUUCUGUUUGCUUUUCAAGUCUCAAAAUCUUGACUCUCAGGCGUGUUAGAUUUCCAGACGAUUAUUCAGCAAAGACGCUCCUGUCUGGUUGCCCAGUGCUGGAGGAAUUGAAUUUAAUCGGUUGCUGCUGGGACAAUGUCAAGGCCGUCUGUAUCUCUGGUUCCAGGCUUAAAAAUUUAACCAUAAAAGAGAUGUGUAUCAAGAAUAUUGGAAUCUGUUACCGCCACAACGUGGAUACAGAGUUUGUGAUCUGUGGAGUUAAGCUGGAGUACUUCUGUUACAGCGGUAGUUUAAAUCAUGAUUAUUGCUUUAGUCGCUCAUCCUCAGCAGUCAAUGUAUCCAUUGAAUCAGAGCUUAGAGAUUGGAUAUUGCAUCAUCGUGCAUUUAAGCUUCUUAUGGGGCUCUCUUACACCAAAAGCCUACACGUUUGUUUGUGUGUUCUUGUUCAGGUUCUUUCUGUUUCAAGGGAGAUGUUUUCGCGGCUGCCUGUUUUUUCUCACUUGACGAACCUUACAACACAUUGGAGUAUCUGGUUCUAUAAUGAUCUUGGUUCCCGUGAAGGACUUGUGGCCAUACUCCACAAUUCACCUUGUCUCGAGUCGCUUCAACUCGAAGGGGAAUAUUUUGAUUCUUCAUAUGCUCAUGAAGGAUAUGAAUGGAACUUAGAUCCUGUGCCUGCAUGUUUCUCGACUCACCUCAAGACUAUUGAAAUCUCUAUGAUUUAUGGAUAUAAAGAGGAGCUGUAUGGGAUAAAAAUGUUUCUAAAAUAUGCAACAGUUUUGAAGAAGAUGACCAUUUCCUUCGAUCCUGUGGGAUUCCUUGCUCCUCAUUUAUUGAAGAGAAAGUUGGAGAUCUUUGAACGAAUACUGUCUUUUCCGAAAGGGUCAACCAGUUGCAUUAUAGAAACACAUUUUCCCGCCAUAACGGAGGUUCGAACUUCUGAUGAUGAUAUGGGCUAUAUGGAGUGAAGAUAUGCUAAAGAAGUCGAUGGAAUUGGACAAGAUAGUUAAAUUUUGUUUAGUGGCUUUUGGAGGGUGCUUGGAUUGGCAAAGGUCUCAAACAGUGGUUAUAGCAGUUUAGAGGCUAAAAAAACUGCAAGUUAAAAUCUUUUCGUGAGCGUUUCCAGCUUUCACCUUCAGCAAAGCCAUUUCAAGUCCCUUUUCCUACUUUUUUGGGAACAUCCUGCAAAUAUAUAUAUGGUAGUUAUCACUGUGUACUUUUGAAAGACUUGCUUUCAUCCCUGCUGCCAUUAACUGGGGGGGAGGGGUGGAAUCAAAAAGAGAAUUUAUGGUAACUAACUUUUAUUUUAAGAUUCCCUGCUUUCACUUUCUAUCCAACUGUGUUUCUAAGUUGCUAUUAAUGGAUUAACCGUAUGUCUUAUUGCUGUAAUGGGAUGAUCUUCUUCAGUCUCA